AUGGACGUCUUGGGCCACAUUGCCGCCCCCGCAACUUCAGUCGAUGCAUGCACAAGCGACGGUUUCCAUUUGGACAACGGCGUGAAAACAGAAGGAGGCGCUGGCAUACUCCUGGUCGGAGGAGAAGCAUUUACAUGGCAGCCGUGGCUUAUGUUGCCUGACUCCGAGGGCACAUCGCCACAUUUGGGAAAUUUACUCAAUAGUAGGAAGGGCAUCCUGAGCUUUCCCGCGGCGAGUCUGGGCUUACUCGAGCUUGUACAUCCUAAACCGGACCUGUUGAUUGUGGGUACUGGUGGAAAGUUGUGGAUGUUGGAGCGUGAGACCAGACGGUAUAUUAAUGAGGUGCUAGGAUGCAGGUUGGAUGUGAUGGACACCGCGAAUGCGGCUGCGGCUUAUAACCUGCUUGCUAAGGAGAGAGGUAUUGAGGACGGUGCUGGAGUCGGCGCAUUGUUACUUCCUGUUGGCUGGAUUGGACCGAAAAGAGCUGGUGUGAGUGGUGUAUGUAUUGACACAGUGCAUGCACAACAACUGGCAAUGCAAUACUCUAAGAGUCUUUCGGAAGGUCAGCUGUGCUCCUUGAUCAGCAGCACUCGAACUGGAAGGUCGCACAACUAUUGUACACCAACACAAGUCAAGGUUGCAGUCCCAUUCGAAGAAACCAAUAGCUCUCUCGCCCUGCCCAGCACAAAACUUCCCGGUCUGCACUCGUAA